AUGGCGACCAGACGUGCCCUCCGCACGCCAUUGAGCGCGCGCUCAAUCUCAAAUUCCUUCGCCUCCUCCCAAUCCCUCCCCCGUCCCUUCGCAAUCGCCUCCCGAUCCAUCAACACCGACUCGUCCGCCAAGACGACACACUUCGGCUUCAAGACCGUCGCCGAAUCCGAAAAAGCCGACCGCGUCGCCGGCGUCUUCCACAGCGUCGCAGACAGCUACGACCGCAUGAACGACCUCAUGUCCUUCGGCUGGCACAGAAUAUGGAAGGACCACUUCGUCUCCUCCCUCCAGCCCGGCUACUCAGCAACCAACCCCCCGACCCCCCAACACAUCCUCGACAUCGCAGGCGGCACCGGCGACAUCGCCUUCCGCAUGCUCCACACCGCCCACAACCUCAACCACAACCCCGACGUCCGGGUUACAAUCUCCGACAUCAACCCCUCCAUGCUCGCCGUCGGCCGCGACCGCUCCAAGUCCCUCCCGGCCUCCCAGCAGGCCGCCCUCUCCUGGCUCGAGGCCAACGCCGAGAAGCUCCCCGACGGCGCCGUCCCCGACAACUCCGUCGACCUCUACACCGUCGCCUUCGGCAUCCGCAACUUCACAAACAUCCCCGCCGCUCUGCGCGAGGCCCACCGCGUCCUCAAGCCCGGCGGCGUCUUCGCCUGCCUCGAGUUCUCAAAGGCCGACGACUACCCCCUCUUCAACGCCGUCUACAAGCGCUGGUCCUUCUCCGCCAUCCCCCUCAUCGGCCAGGUCGUCGCCGGCGACAGGGACAGCUACCAGUACCUCGUCGAGAGCAUCGAGCGCUUCCCCAGCCAGACCGAGUUCCGCGACAUGAUCAAAGACGCCGGCUUCGUCGUCGCCGGCGAGGGCUACGAGAACCUGACCGGCGGUGUCGCGGCUAUUCACAAGGGCAUGAAGCCCCUGGCUUGA